AUGGAAGAAUCAGGUCUGCGCCAAACGGGACACGUAGACUCCCAACGGCAGGACAACUUCUUGAACUUCGAAUGGGACAGAGAUCAAGACAAGCGACGAGAGGGUAGUGUAAAUACCUCCCACACGAGCAGAAAUCGCUCGAAAGGGAAAGGUCACACAUCCCAAAAGCGGGACGAUCAUAGGGCUCUACAGCAAGAAAUCGACGACUUGAAGAAGAGGUUACGCCGAGCGCAACGAAGGUGUCCUUCCCCCAGUUCGGACAUCAGCGAUGAGGAGGAAAAUGAGUACAGGCGGAGAUCGAGAACCCAGCCAAGUGAAACCUUCUCAUAUGAGAAAGAGCAACCUUACAAACGCGGCCACAAAAGCCUAUCUUACAAGGGCCUAGCAAACAACGCCAUGAGUAAGGCCCUGGACUGCAUCUCCCAGUCACCCUUCACGCGCAGGAUAGAGGGGGCUGAACUUCCUCGGUGGUUCCACCAACCCACUUUUGUCAUAUAUAAUGGUCGGAUGGACCCAGUAGAGCACGUAAGCCAGUUUAACCAGAGGAUGGCCGUCUAUUUCAGGGACGAGGCGUUAAUGUGCAAAGUGUUUCCGUCCAGUUUGGGACCCAUGGCAAUGAGAUGGUUUGACGGCCUCAAGCCAAACUCCAUAAGCUCUUUUAAGCAGCUAACAAAGGUUUUCGGUUCUCGCUUCAUAACUAGCAGCAGGGUUCCUCGGCCCCUAGACUCCCUCCUGUCCUUGUCCAUGCGAGAAGGAGAGACCCUGAAGGCCUACUCAGACAUAUAUUGGGAAAUGUAUAACGUGAUAGAGGGAAAUUAUGAUGACGUCGCCAUUAGCACAUUCAAGAGGGGCCUGCCGACAAAGCAUGGUUUAAUAAAGUCCCUGACUGGGAAACCUGUCACCAGCGUGCGCCAACUCAUGGACAUAAUCGACAAGUAUAAGAGAGUCGAAGAGGACCAACAGACGGGAAAGGGCAAAGUGAAGGUUGUCCCUCAGGAGAGGAGGGACUUCAGGUCGGACCACUUUAACAACAGUAACCGGCCGAGAAGGGAUUACUCGGAACAAUUUGGAACCACAGGGGCACAGGCAGUCCAUGCUGUGUUCCGAGAACCAUUACAUAAGAUCCUAGAGAAAGUGAAGAACGGACCGUUCUUUCAAUGGCCAAGUUGGAUGGUAGGCGAGCCCGCGAAACGUAACCAGAAUCUGUAUUGCGAAUAUCACCAAGAGUCGGGCCACACCACCAAUGACUGCAAGAAUCUGAAAAACCACUUGGGCCGGCUGGUCCGAGAGGGAAAGCUGAGACACCUCUUGCAUCAUCCUAUUGGACGGCAGGAGCAGUCGAACGUCGAAACAAGGCAAAGUACAUUGAGGCCACCCAUUGACAUGAUAAAUGUCAUUCUUGCCAUACCAGGAAGAACCGACUCCCAUCCUUUUAGAGUGAUGUCGGUGGCCUGA